AUGCGCAGGAUCCCCCAGGUCCCCCUGACCAAUCAGGACACAGGAUCCGCCCCCAGCAGUGGGGGCUGUGCAGCACUGGCACGGGCAGGCGCAGCCCUGGCGCCUCGGGGGGCUCGACGUGGGGCAGCGGGAGGAGAACAACCUCCCUGUCACCUGGCGGUUGGGGGUUGCGGGGGUCUUACAGUGGCCCCCGGCUGGCCCCCGAGGCUGGAGGGGCCUCACCCCAUCGGUUCCCUGCAGACGGAGCAUUACCGCCUGGACUGGCACCGCUUCAACCUGAAGCAGCGGCUGCGCGGGCGCCGGGCGCUCACGGCCGAGGAGUUCGGCAGCUGCUGUGGCCGUGUCCAGGGGGAGCAACCUUCCCCCUGGACCUACCUGCUGCCGUCCCGGCGGCCUGUGCUGCACAGGGGCAUCGGGGGAGCCUGCAGGGACCCCGCAGCAGGGACGGGGCAGGGGCAGGGGCUGGGAGGGGGGGUGCUGGGUCCCCAGGGGCUGUGGAGGGGGUGGGUCUGCCCAAGGCAGUCCCUGCGCUGCCCUCACAACCGGCAGCGACUCUGGGUCUUCGCAGGGGACGUCUCCAGCAUCUCCGGCUCGGGCUCUGGCUCCAGCUCCGAUUCCAGCAGUGACUCGGACGUGUCCCCUCCCCGGGGCGGCCGGCCAGAGCCCCCCCAGGGCCGGCGCUCCCACAAGGUGCUGUUCCGCAACACCCAGGGCCAGCUCCUGGCCGCCUACCGCUGCGUGCUGAGCGCUGCCCAGGGCAGGAGCGAGGAGCCCGAGGACCUGGUGGCGGCUCUGCGGGGCCUCAGCCCGGACACCUGCUGGGUCGUGCUGAUGCUGGGCGGCGGGCACUUUGCUGGUGCCGUCUUCCGGGGGUCCCAGGUGCUGGAGCACAAAACUUUCCAUCGCUACACGGUGCGGGCGCGGCGUGGCACGGCCCAGGGGCUGCGGGACGCCCAGGCCCCCGGCUGCAUCCCCCGAUCUGCCGGCGCCUCCCUGCGGCGCUACAACGAGGCCGCGCUGCUCAAGGACAUCCAGGAGCUGCUGGCCAGCUGGGAGCCACACCUGCAGGGUGCCCAGCGCAUCUUCCUACGCGCCCCCCGCGCUGCCCGCGCCCUGCUCCUCGGCGGCAGGAGUCCCCUGCUGCCCCGGGCCUCCCCACACAUCCACCACGUGCCCCUCAGCACCCGCCGGGCCACCUUCCGCGAGGUGCAGCGUGUGCACAGCGCCCUGGCCACCCUCCAGGUCUACGGGAAGGACACAUCAGUGGCCGAUCUCACCAGCUCCCCCCGGAAGGCUUGGAGGAAGGUGCCGCGGGCUGGGAUGGAGCAGGAGGAGGCUCCACAGGCCCCGUCGGAAGAGGAGGAUGAGGACGCAGAUGCAGAGGGGGGGAGCCUGUCGGGGGAACUGGAGACGGUGGAGGUGACGCUGGGGACUCUGGCACUCCGGGAGUUCGAGGUGAUGCCCCGGCGCCGCCGGAGGAAGAAGAGGAAGGGGCAGAGAAUGGCUGGAGGAUCGGAGCCGUGUUCCGAGGAGCCGGGAGGCGAUGACGGCCCGGAGGCCUCGCAACAGCAGCCAAACCCAAGUGCGGAGCCUGGGUCACAGGGAGGAGGAGCUGCCUUCACCGAGCUGCGGGACGCACUGUUCACGGCCUGCAAGACAGGUGACGCAGAGACACUGCGGCUCCUGCUGGGAGCCCCCGUGUGUGCAUCGGAGCAGCCUGGGGGCCCCGCGCUCCUCGCUCUGCUCAACGCGCCCAUCCACGCUGGCGGCUUCACCCUGCUGCAUGUGGCGGCGGCUGCAGGGCGGGGGGAGGCCGUGCGGCUGCUGCUGGAGGCCGGCGCUGACCCCACAGUCAGAGAUGGGCGGGAGAGGCCCCCGUACUGCGUCUGCGCCGACAAGCCGACCCGCAGUGCCUUCCGCCGCUUCGCGGGGGAGCAGCCGGACCGCUAUGACUACGCCCAGGCCCAGGUCCUGGCGCCGCUCAGGCCGGAGGUGGAGGCGCAGCAGCUGGAGCGGCGGCGGGCGCAGCAGGUGCGCCGGCGGCAGCGGGAGCAGGUGCGGUGGGCUGAGCAGCGGCGGCAGGAGCAGGAGGAGGAGGAGAAGCGGCGCUUCGCCGCCCUCCCCGAGCGCGACAAGAGGGCCCUGGCGGCGGAGGGGGGGCUGGCAGCGCAGCUGCAGGAGUCCAGCACGGCCCUCCCCACCUGCAGGCGCUGCUGGCAGUGUGGCGAGUCUCUGCUGGGCCGCGUGCCCUUCCACUACCUCGACGGCGCCUUCUGCUCCACCGCCUGCCUGCAGGCUCACCGGAGGGCACGAGCCGGCCCACACUAGCACCAGCUCCACCCGCCGGAGAUGGCUCUGGCCUGCUGGAGAGCUCCCAAGGGGGCUGGGCUGGAGCCUGGGAGCAGGCGGGGGGAGGAGGAAAGGCCCACGACCCUUCAUUUGGGGGAACCUCACACCCCAGCUGGACCAGGGCCCCCC